AUUCAGGUUUGCUGGGGCUCGCAUAUUAUACACCACAAACAUGACAGAGAUUGCAAAUGGACCCCAAGUCACCAAGAUAACCCGUCCCCCAAAGCUCCGGAUCAUCCCGCCCCUCAACUUUUGUCCAGUCGAGCACCAGUUAUAUCGGUCCGGCCAACCCAAUAUCAUCAACCAGAGCUUCUUGGAAGACCUUAACUUAAAAACCAUUGUUUGGCUCGCCACCGAAGAGCCUCAAGAGGAGUUCUUGGACUUCUGCUCUCAACAUAACGUCAACUUGGAGUUUGUGGGGAUGAUAAAUGAUUACAAUUACAAUUACAACUCCAACAUAAAUCCGUGGGAUACUUUGAACGACGUGACCAUCACCCGAUCGCUCGAGAUUAUAGCCAACAAGGAGAACUAUCCUUUGUUGGUAUGCUGUGGUAUGGGAAGACACAGAACGGGGACGGUGAUUGGGUGUUUACGGCGGCUUCAGAACUGGAAUUUAGCCAGUGUGAGUGAAGAGUAUAGACGGUUCACGGGGGCCAAGGGAGGAAGAAUCCAGGUGGAGUUGUUGAUUGAGAGUUUUGAUAUCUCGGUGAUUGAGGUGAAGGAGGAGACGGCUCCGGAGUUUUUGGUAGAAUAUAGGACAUGAAUAGACGCUAGAUUGGGAGGG